CUUGAAUCGACUUGAACCUAAUACUUGUUCUCAUUAUUACUCCGAAUAAUGAGGCCCAGGACACUUUGCAUCUCAACUGCCGUUCUAACGAUUUCCGCCGCUAACAUGACUCUAUCCGUCUGACUUGUGACGCCAGGUAUUAAUGCGUAUGGGGCAAUUUCCCUGAUUCGUGGUCGAAGGUCUGGGACACCAAGGUUUAUGGCAUGUUUGACCUAUGUAGUCGAUAUCUUCAGCCUCUUCCAGUUUAUGCACCCCUGCCAAUUUCCCCGAACCACAUGUCAUAGAGCGUGCGGAAGGAACACAUCGGCAUAGCUGACGCUUCCAGCUAAACCGCACCUAUGGCUAUAAUACCUCAGCGGCAGCCGCACUGACCUCGUUGUGUUUAUCAAGACGCUUCCCUUUUGCGCAAAUAUUGCCAUUCAUCGAUAAGAUGUAUGACAGCCCCAUUUUAUCACCAGUUGCGAAAGGGACUCACAAGAGAUAGCUGGACGGAGCCUGAGUGGACGAGCCUGGAAGGAGCGGGAGGACACAGCCUGGGGGAGAUCACCCCUGCUGUUCUUUUUUGCUCGACAUGAGUGCCCGUUCCCCGGGACGCAUUGACCCCUUACCUUCUGCUUCUUAAGCUCCUUUGCGUUUCUUCGCAGAUCCAACCGCCCUUCCUCGCUUCUUCCUAGGAAUCAGGAAUGUCGCCCUCUGUGGAGUCUGCGGAUACCUCGCACCAAAAACGAACAGCUGUACAUGUUCAUGGACUUGCUCUGCUCACGCUAAGCUUCCAGACGCUUGGAAUUAUUUAUUCAGACAUCGGUACUUCCCCCCUCUACGUCUUGAACGGUAUUUGGCCCGCCACUGGACCCGCGCCCUCAGAGGAAGACGUUAUCGGUGGCCUGAGCGCGAUUAUCUGGACACUUACGCUAUUGCCAUUGCUCAAAUAUGUAUUCAUUUGUUUGCAUUUUGGUACAAACGAAGGAGAGGGAGGAACAUUCGCACUAUUCCAAGGUCUAUUUCCCCCUGAAGAAACGGACUAUGAUGCGGAUAGAAACCUCACUGGCGAUAGUCACAGAACCGAGAAGCCGUACAAUCAGUCCAAGCUCUCAAUGAAGCUUCGUUGGCCGCUCCUCGUGUGGCUCCCAAAGGCGCUUUUUGGUACCAGUUUGACCUUAGCAGACGGAAUAUUCACGCCGGCCGUUUCAGUCACUAGCGCUGUAUCUGGUAUAGCAGUCGCUAAGCCUGAAGUGUCCAGCGAGGUUGUACCGAUAUCUAUUGCUUUCAUUGUUGUCUUGUUCCUUGUUCAGUCACGGGGAACAUCCAUUCUAGCAUAUGUGUUCGCACCAGUAACUUUUGCCUGGCUCGUACUCCUUGCUGCAACCGGUAUAGUAAACAUCGUAUCUUUUCCCGGUAUAUUCCGCGCCUUCGACCCCUCGCGCGCGGUGCUGCUGUUCGUACGAACGAAAGAUUAUGAUCUUUUGGCUGGUAUCCUCCUAUCCGUCACCGGAUGUGAAGCGUUGUUCGCCAAUCUUGGUCAAUUCAACAUGUUGUCCAUUCAACUUUCAUUUGGAAGCUUCGUCUAUCCCAGUCUCGUGCUUGCAUAUCUCGGACAGGGUGCGCGACUUGUCGUGGACAAGGAAGCAGUACUAUCAAAUAUCUUUUACAAGACUAUUCCAGGCCCUCAAAAUGGACCGUUGUUUUGGAUCUUAUAUGUUUUUGCCAUCCUUGCUACGCUAAUCGCAUCUCAAGCUAUGAUUACGGCAACGUUCAGUUUGAUCCAACAGCUAGUGAACAUGCGCAACUUCCCACCUUUGCGGUUUAAGUACACGUCUGAAGUCAUCCAAGGUCAAAUAUACGUACCAAUCGUCAACUGGAUACUUAUGAUUGCGAUUAUCAUCAUUGUCGCUGCCUUCAAGAGUCCCACUGCUCUGACAAAUGCUUAUGGUUUUUCUGUAGCAACGGUCAUGUUCGCUACAACGAUCUUGAUUUCGAUUCAAAUUGUAUACGUCAAGCGCAAACCCGUCAUGCUCGCGUUAGCUUUCUUCUUUGGUUUUGGGUUCUUAGACGGGCUAUUCUGGGGCGCCGCCUUGAAGAAGGUUCCCGAGGGUGCUUGGGUGUCAUUGAUGAUUGGCCUAGUUUUACUAAUUAUCACGGUAUUCUGGUCUUGGGCAAAGGGUCUUGAAGACCGAUUUGACGGCAAUAACCGACGCAACCUUCGAGAUAUCAUUAUUCGCAAGGAUGAGUCAGAAGAGAGUGACAUGGUCGCAGUCCGUGUUCAUUCACCCGAUAUUGAAGAUAUUGAGGAUGACCACGACGACCUCGAGUCAAUGAGGAAAUCUGAACGGUACUACGUGCUUGAUGACGUAGGUCCCGGGUCUGGCCUUCGUGAAGUGGACCUCCAUUCCGAGCCAGCACUGGGCUUGAAAGCAAUGACCCGCAUCCCCACCUGCGCUGUGUUCCACAAAUUAACCGCAGGAAGAGGUGUACCUCAUACAUUUGUCAGUUUCUUCCGCCAAUGGCCUGCAUUACCACGAGUUGUAAUUUUCCUGUCUGUUCGUGUUUUGCCAAUCGCUCGCGUCUCCUUGGAUGACCGGUAUAUCGUAUCGAAAGUUCGAACUUUGCAAGGCUUCUAUGGCGUGACUUAUCAUAUCGGUUUUCGCGAUGAGUUCGAUGUCAAUGUUGACGAUAUCAUCGAACGGAUAUGUUCGCUUGAGGCGCAGAGCAGCCUUCCAGAAUCGACUUUACUUAUACAGGAGAUUAGGAAUGUCGCGAAGAGCUCUACCCACAUCGUCCCUCACUACGUCGUCUCGAGUACGCAUCUUGCAGGUGGAAAAUUGACCAAGGUUGUCAACUGGGUUCGCCGCUUCCUCAUUGAAGAUGUUUACCGCAGUAUAGCUACCAUGUUCCCGGAGACUGCAAACUGGCUGGGUUCUGCAGACAAAAUCAUACAUGUCGGGAUCAGUGCGACGAUAUGACGGUUAACGGGUGAUUGCCGUAAGAACACUGUAACGUUUCGGCGAGAGGAGUUUGGUGUCAUUUUUUCCUGUUAGACUGUAGAUUAUUGUGUGCAGGUCAUAGACUGUGAUAUGAGAAUACUAAAGGGUAGGAUCUUACGUCCCCAUAUUAAGUACCAUCCCUUGAAUGUCAAGUAUCAGUUAGGACACGACGCGGGACACUUGUUACACCCUUAGGU